CGUCGACAGUCCCGGCUCGGACGCCGUGGGUGCCGCGGCCGCAGCCGUACGACUUGCCAUCGGACGUCACGUGGUGGCACGAAGUGACGGGCAUGGCGGCGUACUCGCUGCUCGUUUUGAAGCAAAAGUUGUUGGGGCAUCAAUGGAAGCCCAAGACCGACCCGAACGAGACGAUCGCCAACGCGCUCUUGAGUGGACCCGAGUCGUACCCGCAGUUUGCCUACUCGGCGACGGUCUCCGCUUCGGUGGUGGCCCGUCUCCGGACGGCGUGUCGGGACCGUGGCUUGACCCUCUCGUCGCUCUUCAACGCUGUCCUCAGCGCGACCGCGAUGGAGCGCUUUGAGCCGCCGAGUGUCACGGCGCAGACCAUGAUCAACCUGCGCUGGCACCACGUGCCGACCGCAGGCCUCGGCGGCUACUUGGCCGACUCGGACCUGGCGACGCUGCAUGCUGCCAACUACAAAGAUGACGCGCUCUUGUCCCCGACGACGCUUUGGGCCAUGGCCCACGACGCCAAGUGGAUUCUGUCGCCGCGUACGAUCAAACGUGCGGUCGGCCGGUCGUUCUUUCUUCGGCACUUCGAGUCGAUUCGGCACGUUCCCGCCGCCGAGAUUGCGACCGGAGACAUCAUGACCACGAGCUUUAUGACGUCCAACCUCGGCGCCCACCCGUACUUUGCCGCGUCGUACCCGCAUGGGCUUGGCGUGCGCGCGUCGCGCUUCUACUAUGGCGCGAUGGACCUGCACGUGACGCUCACGUGCCGCACCGCGUGGCUCUCGAUGGCCGACGCGGAAGCGUGGCUGGCAUCGUUUGUGACGACCCUCACGUCCCUCGUCGACGAAGCGUAG